CACGUCUCCCUCCACCCUCACGGAGACGGAGCCCCCCCCGAUCUCGCUCGCUCGCUCGGUCAAAGCCAACACGACAACACACCAGUCUGGGUAGCGGUCUCCCUGGACGGGCCCCCUCCCUCCUCCCUCCUCGGCGCCGCUGCCGGCCAGCGCCUGCUGCGCCCCGCGCCCUCUAUACCUCCGCCCGCCUCCCUCGUGUCGUGCCGCUCUGCUGCCCAGCAUUCCGCGCCCGCCUCGCCGCCCCGCCACCGAAUCGGGCGGGCGGAAUCUGAGGGGAAGUUGGGAUGGGGUCGCCGGGUGCGGGGAGCAGCGGCGGCGGCGGCCACGAGUGCUCCUUCAAGAUCCUCCUCAUCGGGGACUCGGGCGUCGGCAAGAGCAGCCUCCUCGUCAGCUUCGUCGCCGCCUCCAACCUCGACGCCGACAUCGCCCCCACCAUCGGUGUGGAUUUUAAAAUCAAGUUCCUUACAGUUGGUGGAAAGAAACUAAAGUUGACAAUAUGGGAUACUGCUGGCCAGGAGAGGUUUAGGACAAUUACUAGUUCUUACUACAGAGGUGCUCAGGGAAUUAUUCUAGUAUAUGAUGUCACAAAGAGAGAAAGUUUCUCAAAUUUGUCUGAUGUUUGGACUAAGGAAAUAGAAGCAAACUCAACAAACAAAGACUGCAUAAAAAUGCUUGUUGGAAACAAAGUUGACAAGGAUGAUGAAAGGAUGGUCACAAAAGAAGAAGGUCUUGCUUUUGCUGAAGAAUCUGGAUGUCUGUUUCUCGAGAGCAGUGCAAAAACACGAGAAAAUGUUGAGCAAUGUUUUGAAGAACUUGCAUUGAAGAUUCUUGAGGUCCCUAGUCUCCUGGAGGAAGGGUCGUCUUCGGUUGUCAAGAGGAACAUCCUGAAACAGAAGCAGGAGAGUCAUGCAAAGAACAGUAGUGGAUGCUGUCAAUAGAUUGUGCUGAUCCACACGACACGAUUGGCUGUCUUCGUGUGAGCUGCCCUGAUGUUCUGCUGUACAUGAGUUGUAUCUACAUGGUCUUGUGAGUAAAAAGGGGGUUAAAGAAUCAGCUUUGUUUGGGGGUGGGGGAGUGAGCAUAAUUGAUUUGUACAAAGGACAUGGCAGUUUGGUGUCAUUGAUUUUUUUUUUCUCAUCUCCAGUUUAGUGUAGCAAUUUUGUUGUCGCCCUAGCAAUGGAAAUAUGGAAUCAUCUCCUCUCUCUUCA